CUGAGGGAUCCCGGGGUUGGAGGCCGGUAUCGAGCUCCGGGCCGGCCUGAGGCGGCGACGACGGGAAAGUAAGAGGCCCAGGCCCAGCGCAAGCGGAGAAGAUGCCCGUGGCGGUGAUGGCGGACAACGCCGCCUUCAGCUUCAAGAAGCUACUGGAUCAGUGCGAGAACCAGGAGCUCGAGGCUCCUGGAGGAAUUGCUACACCCCCUGUUUAUGGGCAGCUCCUCGCCCUGUACUUACUACACAAUGAUAUGAAUAAUGCUCGAUAUCUUUGGAAAAGAAUUCCUCCUGCUAUCAAAUCUGCAAAUUCAGAGCUUGGGGGCAUCUGGUCAGUAGGUCAACGAAUCUGGCAAAGAGAUUUCCCAGGAAUCUAUACAACCAUCAGCUCACAUCAGUGGUCUGAGACCAUUCAGCCCAUUAUGGAAGCACUCAGAGAUGCCACCAGAAGGCGAGCCUUCGCCCUGGUCUCUCAGGCCUACACCUCCAUCAUCGCGGACGAUUUCGCCGCCUUUGUCGGACUUCCUGUGGAAGAAGCUGUGAAAGGUGUCCUGGAGCAAGGCUGGCAGGCCGACUCCACCACGAGGAUGGUGAUGCCCAAGAAGCCCGGUUCCCUGGAUGUUUCCUUUAACAGAUUUAUUCCUUUAUCAGAACCUGCUCCCGUUCCGCCCAUCCCCAACGAACAGCAGUUGGCCAGAUUGACUGACUACGUGGCUUUUCUUGAAAAUUGAUUCGUCGUCGUCUUUUUGGUUCAAGAUCAAACCUGGGAAUCCUGUGACCAUUCGGAAAAGCAACCUUUUUAUUGUGUUCUGUUGGGUGGAGCCCCUCCACAUUCUUUACUAGAACGUGGGAUAAAAUACAUGUUAGUUAUAUAUUUUCGGUCCUUAAACAUCGUGCUGAAUUCACCA